AUGUUUAUCAAGCAAGAGCAGCCAGUUCUGCAUAAUCGGUAUGUCUGCAACGACCAAUCUUUGUGGAGUGGACAAGAACAUUUCACCACAAACAUUGAUCAAGUACACGAUAGCUUUCAAGAACCUGCAACGGUGAGGUUUCAGCUCCAGCUGCGUCAACACCAACAAGGAACAAGGAAGUUUGAGCCUCAGCACCCUCACUACCAUCAACUGGAUCAGCAUACGACGCAGCAGGGCAUCGUUUCUUGGGCUCAGGAACUGUCUCAUCAUCUUCAAGUCCAAGGUUGCCAUCCGCAGUACCACACCUUUCCCAAGCAACAGCAUACGCAAUUUAUCGCAAGUCAAGUACUGCAGCCCCAACGAGAGUCCAUCAAGAUGGAAGACGGCAGGAACUUUCCCCAGAACGUGGGCAACGAUCAAACUAGCUGGCAGUUCGGAGACACAUAUGAAAGAGACUUCAUAGAUUUGCCGGUUUAUAGUCCGUCCAACAACGGUACCCAUCAAACAACGGGCGGCUACCAUGUCUCAGGACGGCACCUUGGUCCGAGUCAUUCCCACAACAACCAUCAGCACCAGAUCAACAAAGGGGGCAUGGGCACCAACUCCUCACAUCAGAGGACGUGGCCAACAUUUCAGGCCACUUACGCGGACACCUAUUCUCCACCGCCUUUUGCUCCUAUUGAAUCGGAGUUUCCCAGACAACAGUCAAUGCCAGCUAUCUUCGGCGACCCAUCAUCGACGAAUUACAUGGGAAUGCAUCGUGGCCUGCCCAGUAAUGGUUGGGCCAUCGAUUCCAGCGUACCUGUCCUAGGAAAUACAGUGCAGGCCAACGACCAGGCCAGCCCUCUGGGUACAACAUACAGUCGCUUUGCAUCCUCACCAACCUCCAGGGCCUCGACUUCCGCGAGGCUUAAUGCUCCGAUGGAAACCCAUAGAGCUACCGUGGUAGGCAUGAUGUCCUACCCCACUACAAUCUCACCAGAAGUUCUCCGGAUCGACCGAUCACCUGCACCAACGUCUUCAUCCGAGCCGGCACAUCUCUCCUUCUUCCCGACUUCAGAUAGGGUGAUUUCGAGAGCCGCAUCCUUUGAGCAACAGCACUUGGCCCCGGAGUCAUCUUCUACCAGGCGCGUUAAUGCCAAGGGCAGGACGGCACUUCCCGAAAAGCCGUUCCCAACCACGAACUAUACCUCGGCCCAAGCUGCGGCUUUCUUCCAUCAAAGAGGGGCCAACGAGAACUCUACUCCCCACAGCAGAUCUUUGCCUAACAUCAAGCCUAAGCCACCACGAGUCUCGGUCUCUGCUUCACCAGACCCCGGGGACGCAGGCCUCACGGCCGAAGAGUUGGAGCGAAACAGGCAUAACGAGUACCUCGUCCAGGCGAAGCGGGCAGGCAAGACCUACCGUGAGAUCAAGCUUGAGGGGGGCUUCACAGAGGCCGAGUCGACACUCCGGGGCCGCUAUCGCACCCUGACCAAAGACCCGGUGGACCGGGUCCGUAAGCCCGAGUGGACGCGCAAGGAUGUCGAGCUCCUGAAGGAGGCUGUCCAAAAGCUGAUCAAGGGCGCCAGUCCUAAAUCGACAAAAAUCCCUUGGAAGCAAGUAUCUGCAUAUAUUGCUCAGAAUGGCGGCUCGUACAAUUUUGGAUACUCUACCUGCUCAAAACGUUGGGACGAGUUGGUGAUGCAGAACACGUGA